AUUCUGGUUCAUGGCCUUUACCUCGGCAGCCAAUGAAGUGAUCUUCUUAGAAAACCUUAACCAAUCAUAGCUUUUCUUUCACUUCUAUAUACGCAGAAUAGGCAUUUUGUUGUUUAUCCGAGCUGUCUCGAGGUUGUGCUCGCUGCGAAGAUUGAAAUAAGGCAAGAUUCUUUCGUGAUUAUAUUGUUAUUCAAGUAAUAUUAUACGUAAGUCUAUCUUGAAGUUCUAUAUGUUUGAUGUUUUUCACACAAAGCACCAUGUUAUGUACGUAUAUUGAUGUGCAUAUUUUGAAUUUUGCGAGUAUGUUUUGGUUGACGAAAUGCUAAGAUGCUCGAUAUCACAUAGUCAUAGACAGAGCAAAUAAUGUAGUUUUUCUUACCCCAAGAAUGCCCUGUUUCAUCUUAUGCCGCCUGACGUUUCCUUCAUCGGAUGAAACAGGCUAGCGAAACUACAGUUUAGAAUGUUUAGUAUUUCCGCUGUAUACUGUACUGUAUUACGUUAUAUAUUUUCAUACAUAUGAAUGUACAGUAUAUACUGUCUGUACUGUACGUAUCUGAAGUACUGCGACUGUCUGGGAAAUUGCACCUCGUGCAUGUAGUUUUUGUAUUUAUACAUAUUGCCAUUCAUAUAAAUUUGGCUAGAUGAUUCCGUUUUACAUUGUUGCAAGACAGUACAACUGAAAUGAUCCUAUUUGGUUGUGUCCGUGCAUGUGUGACACGUCAUGCAUUCACACGAAUAUAUACUGAAACUUAGGAUAGACAGACACCAUAUAUUAAUAUAUUAGUAUAAGUACCGAACGCCACCAUACUCAAUAGCGAUACAGAAUAUCGGUCACACUCUCUAGAUGUCUGGAAUGUCAACAAAAAUUCAGAGUGUAAUAUAGGACCUUUUUCAACCAACAUUAAAUCUUGCACGGUUUAUUUUACAGCAAACGACAGCACUGAAAUUUAAGUCGCUCACAAUGAAUUGUAGUAUACUUAGCGCGCGUCUUAGUAACGUUCAAAACAAGCAUGAACUGGUACUUUUAAUUUCCUGUUUUAAUGACAACACUGGUCUGUCGAAAAGAGUUAAAAGACUCCAGGUUUUGAAGUUAUGACUUAUGUAGCUUUACGCAAAGAGUAAUUACAAUUUUGCCGGAUUCGAUGCGCAAUCUUCGGGCGUAAGAAAUGAUACGAGCGGGAAAGCGAAAGCAGACAAUUUUAACUGCGACAUUUGUUUUCCAAGAACCCGCAAGUUGACGCUAAGCUAAGGAAAUUUAAAUAUUGUUUAUCUCAGCAUGACAUCCCCCGCACGUUCUUGUCGGGAUUUCCCGUUGCCGGGCUCGCUGAACGACUGAAAUUUGGAGAUUUCAGUGAUAUAGAGCGCAGUUAAACCGGAUUUCCACCAGGCCAAUUUGUUCGCGCGAAGCGAAAAUAAACUUCAGUGAAGACGUGAUUGGAUUCGAUCGAGACGAAUUGUUUUUUGAGACAAUUCACAUUACUGAAAUGUGUUGUUUUUUUGCUUCACGCUAACAAAUUCAUCUGGCGGAAAACACAGCUGCAAUUUCUCAUGAUCAGUCAUUUUGUCUUGCAAUGUUGGAAAAACAGCAUUGACAUUUGACAUAAUAACAUUAAGUGAUAUGGUCAAAGUUGCUUUUGUAUUGCUGGAUAUUUGUAGCUGUUUAUGACGUAGGGUAGGGUCAGCAUUCAGAAACAGCGAGACACGAAUCUACGAAACAAUUUCUAUAACCACAUUUGUGGAGAUAGGGUCAGCGGUUAUAGGGUUAGGGUCAGCUGGCAAGGUAGCUCAAGGUCAGACCGUUAGGGUAAGGCAGGCCUCGAAUUUAGCGGCGGCCAUGGCGGCCACUGGCCGUCGAUGACCUACUUGUUGGCCGCUAUGCCCUCAAAAUAUACCGAAAUCCACGGCCAGUAGUGGCCUGCCCUCAACCACAGAGUACAGUAUACUGUACUUAUGCUUUAGAAUACCAAGUGUAUGAUUUGUAAAAUUGGCAAUAAUCACUUAUGUACUGUACAAUCUUAUUAGUUAUAGUUUAAUAGGUAGUUCAGAUACAUGUAAAUACGAUAUGAAUAGUUUCGUUUGGCAUUUUUUUAAUUGUUUAUUUUUAAUUAUUAAUCUGUCAAUCUGUUAAUCUUUUCCUGUCUCAUGGAAACUCAGACGUUAUUUGAAACUUCAAAAUGGCAACUGAAUAAAAUUUUCAAACUGGCCUUGAUAAACUUAGUAACAUUUAAGGCCAAACUGGCCUUUCCUUUAUUCUUCCCAAAUUCGAGGCCUGGUAAGGAUAGGGUUCAGCAUUCAUAAACAGCGAGACAUGAAUCUAUUUAACCACAAAUUUGUAGUGAACGAUGCCGCUGGACACAGUGCUAUGUCUGGAUACCUCGGGCUCCAUGGCCAACCGUGGUAUCAGAGAAUUGAAACGGGCAGCGACUGAAUUUCUGAACGGCAUCGAGGAAACAGCGAAACAAUCUCAAUUAAAGGUCUGUAAAGCCUGGUUUCCAUAUGGUCGUAACGGUCGCAAAGAUUGGCUCACGAUCUUUCUCAUCAGCCGAACUACAACAUUUCAGAACUGAAAAUACGCGGAGUGAUUAUAACUAUAGAGAAUAGUUAUGAUUUACAUGUGGUUUACAGGUAUAUAUAAACUAUUAUAAACUGGCCGUUGAGAAAGAUCGUGACUCAAUUUUUACGGACCAUAUGGAAACCAGGAAUUAUAUAACUGAAUCCUUAUAUUAUAUAUUAUACUUCUCCUUAUAUUCUUCAACUAGUUACAUCUCUACCAACAAAAAGCUUGUUAAUAUACAGCAGAAGCCCGUUUUUAAUUACAGGGUUAAUAUAUACACGUGUAUCUUCCUUGGGUACUGAGAAUUAGUCUAUACCAAACAUUUCAUGAACAUUCAAGGCGCGAGUUUUUCACUCCAAUCGGAAAUACCACACAUGCAAAUUGUGAUGGUAAAAACAAAAUGUCCAAACAUGAAAUUUUCGGUGUAGACUAAUUUGAAUAUAAAGAUUUCAAUUGUGAGGUCAAUUUUUGGCAACGACCUGCAGAUAGUGAGAUGAAAAAGUGAUGACGUCAACUCGGAUUGGAGAAUUCAGAGAGUAGGCUUUCGUUCCAAAACCUUCUCAAACCUGCAUACUUCUGGCACCCAGGGUAUCAUAAGUAUUCAUAAUACGUAUCAGUUUUCGUUUGGAAACGAAACUUUUUCUCUCUUUAAAAAACAUGUAAAAUACAAGUGAUUUGCCAACACUCAGAUAACAGGUUGCUUCGAAACGUAGCGGUCAAAGCAAUACCUAUAAUCUAUAUGAACAAAACUUACCAAGUCUGACUCCACAAGAAGUGAAGAAGUUCCAACGAGGAGUUCCAUUUUUGCAAUAAAAACAAACCGCCGCAAAAAAACUAUGAACGAAUAUAGAGGUAUAAAAAUGACAACACGGUAAAUUUGUUUUGUAAUUGUGCCAAAAACUUCGCGAUUCAAUUUAUCGGUCUUGGAAGAUUGAAAAUGGGAACUGAGGUCGUUCACUUUCUGAGAGGUUCUGCGAAUUUAUAAUGCAGCUGCAGAGUUAUACAAUUAUAUUUUUAGGAAAACGUUGCGAUCGUGGAAUUUGGAGCGAAUACUCGGAUUGUUAAGAACCUGUCCACAGACUACGCUGCACUGAAAAAAUGUAUCGGUAAAUAAGCUUUCUUUUUAUAUUAGAGCCCAACUCAGGCCCCCUUUACACAAGCCCGGGUUGACUAUCAACCCGGGUUGGCUUGCCAGCCCGGGUCAACCCGUCUACGAAUAAAUCUCUAUUAGCGUUUACACGAUAGCCGGGUCAACCGUUCACACCUCGCCAACCCGGGGCACCCUUCUCGAGACCCGGGUCGACCCGGGUUGGCGAGGUGUGAACGCGUGAAAAGUUUACUCAUUUCUUCAUGUAAAGCCGGGUUGGCUUGACCCGGGAUCAUGUAAAGUGCGGGAAAUUCCUGAUUGUGAACUUUGCACCUAGCGUCAUAUCGCAUUUCAACAUUUUGCGUGCGUAUUUUCUCCGUCUCUGUUUGGUACAGACAUAUAAAAUCAUACAGUAUGGCGAGUAAAAACUGUCCAAAACCAAAAGAAAAAAUGCACAACCCGCGUUUCAGUGGUGGUCUGAAAUUAUUGAUCACCUAAUCCUUUCUCUGAAGGAUUAUAAGACGGAGAUGAAUUAUAAAAAUGUAGAUUUCAACUCCGAUGUUGUCGCAAUGUAUUCAAAGUUGCGCGAAGGUCUGGCGUUGGCGUUCGAUGCCGAAUAUUUUUGCCCAGUAGAUCUUCCAGUACAAAAUAACGAGGGAAAAAAGGGAAGAAAACGUCUUUAAGGCAGAAUUAAGUUGCUAUACGGUUAAAUCCUUGAUAAAAAGGGAUAUAAUUGUAUACUGAAAGAUAUAAGCGCCAAAACUAAAAGGUAUAUAAUCGUAAUAAUAUCGUAUGAGGUCUAUAACGGAUUUUAAGGGAUAUAAGCGCUAAAAAUACACUCUGCUCCAGUCUGUUGCUCGGAAUAUUACUCGAGUCAGCCCGGGUUGAGAAUUGCUGACCCGGGUUGGCAAAAUUGUCGUCAACCCGGGUUCAUGUAAACAGAAUAAAAAAAUAACCUCCUGUGGCGUGCUGACCCGGGUUGAAAAUCAGCCCGGGUUCGUGUAAAGGGGGCCUCAUUGUAAGGUUCCUAAACCCGUGAUGCCGGGUUCAAAUUCUCACGCACGUUUUCGUAGCUUUUUUAAUACAGUAUAUGUAGCCGGUUACAGACGAGCAAGUUUUCUGACAAGUUUUUAUGUGACAAGUUCUAUUUGCUCGUCUGUACGCGCAACUUUGACAAGUUUUUCUAUGACAAGUGCACUUGUUCAAAAGCUAAAAGUACAAAUUUUGUUCGUCUGUAUGGGUCAACAAAUAAAACUUGUCUAAGUAAUCUGAGCAUUUGAUGUGAUUGGCCAGUGGACUAUUAUAAUUUUUCUGUCAUGGCGGCGAUAAACACCUUUUUCUGACACGUUCACAUGCACCAGUAAAUAAAACUUGUCACAUGAAAACAUGUCAUAUAAAAUUUGUUGCAUAUACUCACGUGCACUUGGCAAAUAAAACUUGUCACAUAAAAACUUGUCAUAGAAAACUUGCUCGUCUGUAACCGGCUAUUAUGCGUCCCGCAAAACCUAUCAGAGGGUCCGAAUAUGGUUACUCAGUGACUUUUGGCCGUAUUUUGACUGACAAUUAACACAACAUCAUGACUGAUACAGUAGCUUCCACUGAGAAAAUGAAACGGCAAUUUGAAAUCCUAUAAAAUAUUUUACCGACAGCUGACGAAUGGCAAAAUUUAGGCUUCAAACUGACAUCCUAAUAUCCCGGCAUUACCAUCCUCUUAUUAUCAACCGUUACGCAUGUUAAAUGAUGUUAUUAAUCUCAUAUUAAAUAUUUUAACAGCUUCCGUUUAUUUCAGGGAGUUUGUCAGCGAAUGGUCAAACACCAAUGAAAGAAGGUCUUACCCUUGCAAUGAAAGAAAUUCUUGAACAUGGUACGUUUCAGAUUCUUCUUGAUUUGUGGAAGUAAAUAAAUAGAUCCCGAUUAUCUCAUUUUUAUUCCACUGCACGAGUUGCAUGCCUGCGUUCGCGCGAGAUCGGACGAAGUCGGAACCGCAUCCCAAUUCACCCGGUUCACACAGGAAUUUGUACGGUUAGUUGUAUUCGAACUCGUCACGUUUCAUGCCUCGCGUGUGGACGCGCAAAGCAAAAUCAUUGGAGUGCGAGAGUUGGUACGUAAAAAAUGGGCAAUUGUACUUGAAAAUUAUUAAAGGGAAGAGCGGUGCGCAUUCAUUGGUGGAAAUAGGAAGAAAAAUGCUACGACAUGAAUUUGGUAAAUACACGGAAAGGGAAAAAAAUUAUAUAGGGUCGGGCAAUUUCACGAACGCCAGGCAAACUUUCCCGUGAAGUAAGAGUACAACGCUUUCAAAUUCACCGGUAGGAAUGAUUCAGUUCUUCGUAUUAGUCGAUCCCUUCAAUUUCUUGCAUUCCUGUGACUCAUUUCAAACGUGGGUUGGCACUAGAUGACUUACUAAGUGAGGUUGGGAUCUUGCGCGCCAAUGCUGCGUAUAUACAUAGGGAUCUUCUUGAAUGUCAAAAAGUUAAUAUCAUUUGCGCGCGAAAUCUGGAGAGUACUGUUUUAAUUUGAUCAGGCGGAGUGGUUAACGUGAAUGGUCUAAAACUUUCUCCACGCAUCGUGUUAAUGACAGAUGGCAAACCGACAGGCACAACCGAAGUUCAGGUAUAGGUAUUAAUAUAUCUUAAUAUAUCUAAACCAUUUCGUCUGGUAGAUAGAUAAGUCUACUGCAUAGCAGAAUAUGUUUAACCGUACGUAAGCAGGUAAACAGGACUGGCCUGUAAAUAGCUUGGUAAAUAUAGGUAGGCAAAUAGUAGAGGUAAGUAUGUACGUAGUAGGUAGAUAGAUAUACCAACGUCUGUAUUCUAAAAGCUCACUCACACUCAAAGAGUGGAGGUUCAGUCUGCAUGAGCUUCUCUUGAGUGCAUGUCAAUGCUGUUUUUGAAUAGCUGAAGGGUUAGUGUCGUAACUUACUCUGUGACUACUCAUUCUCCAGCUAUUCAAAAACAGCAUUGACACUCAAAAGAAGCUCAGAUUGAACUCUCUUUGAGUGUGGAUGAGCUUUCAGAAUACAGGCGUCGGUAGGUAUAGGUAGAUAUGCAGGCAGGUUUAUAGGUUAGCACGUAGGUAGGUAGGCACGUAUAGGUAGGUAUAGGUGAAUGGGUCAAUGUAAGUAAGUAGGUUGAUGGUAGAUGGGUAUAUGUAGGAAGAUAUUAUGGGUAUAUGUAGGAAGAUAUUAGAAGUGGGAACGUAGGCAGGCAGAGAGGAGGGUGGGUAGGUAGGCAGGCAUGCAGGUGAGUGGGUAGGUAGGCAGGUAAGUAGGUAGGUGAGAUUAUCAACCUACUUAUUACUUAUCAUGAACCCUGGUAGAUGGGUAUAUAUGUAGGAAGAUAUUGUGGGGUGGGUAGGAAGUAAGUGUUCGGAAAUGAAAUAAUAUAUACUGGCAUGUCUGGUAGACGUAGUAGAUACAUAGAUAUGUGAGCAUGAACUACUUGGAAAAGCUUGCAAGUAAACGAAUGAACGUAAGGAUCGUAAAUUAUGUAAAUGUCUCUCAGGCCAUAACAGAGGUUCUCACAGUUGCUGCGUUGUUUGGACAACAUUGGAAAGAAGUUGGUCUACCCCAUCCAAUUCCCAUCGCUUGUGUUGGCUGUGGCGAUGCUGAUAGGGUAAGAGAAAGUUGAUCACUUGUUGGAUCUCACUAUAAGCACCAAAAGAUGGUCGUCAAAUUUUCUCAAUUCUUUCUGGUGUCGAACUUUUCAUGUGGUGAAACUAAUGUGAAUGACUUGAACUCAUUUUUUCGAGCUCACUCAUUUUUUCGAUGCUCAGAUAUUCACCAGAACCCUUGGAGGGCCCGAUGCAAUUGCCCCACUGCUGUUAAAGCCAAACCCUUCUCUGAAGAUGCAUCGGUUUAUUCAAAUCAAUACUUAUUCAGAAAUUAUAGCUGAAAACAAACUUAAUACAAUCCUUUUCGUCCCAAUCCAAAACAUCAUUGGUGCACGUGAAAGCUAUAACUUUCCAUUUGGUACAUAAAAAAUGUGGCUUCCCAGGGGAAUAGCCCCAGUGAGUUUACUCCGGUGUCCCUGUUAAUGUUGAAUGUGAUCAGUCUGAUUUAUCAGUAAAAUACCAAAAGAAUAGCAACGGGCACUUCCCGAAUUUGCCACUUGAGUGCACACAAAAACAAUAACUUGAAAUCGAGGCGGACAUGAUGUACUCCAUUGUUGUAUCUCAUUGCAGAAACUUCUUGAAGGGAUCGCCAAAAUAACCAAAGGCAUGUUCACUAUGGUUGACAGCAUGGAGGAAUUGAGCACUUUCUUUCGUAGACAAGUCAUUCUCUCAAGAUUCGUCGCGCAAUUUUCACAUGGUUAGUUCGCAUUACAAUAAACGUCAAAAAGGUUAAAAUAUACAAAACUUUCGGUCGCUAACUGCGACCUUCCUCAGAGUUAAAAAUUUACAAGUGACUAAAAACGGUCCUUAGGCUUAGGAUAGCUACGCCAAAGACCGUUUCUAGUCACUUGUAAAUUGUGUAUAUUUUAACCUUUUUAAAUUAAUGCAGUAUAUAAUAGAUCAGCUUCAACAAGAAACCAAAUUAGUUCAGUAUAGCCUAUAGGUUCGCUUUUGAAUGCAUGUGCGUAGUAUUUCAUGUGUUGUUUUGUGAUCCUUAAACUAUAUCAUAUAUGACUAGAGUUAAUUUCUCAACUACAGACAUGUCUCAGUUACGGUCACUACUGGCUUUGCAGCAGUUCAUGAGAGCAUGUGGUGAAGCCGUGGAGGAGUCAGAAGCGGUGAGUUUAUUCAACACUGUCCUCUCCGCUCCGUUUCUUUCAAAAGCUUUUGCGGAGGAGAGAGCAAGAUUGCCAUGUAGCAAUCUGGUUCCCAGAGUAUGCCUGUUCGCGGGUUGUCCAUGUAGUCAUCCAACCAUAACCUGCAAAGCAGGUGUUUUAUUUGAAACUCGCGGGGGCCUGAAUUUGCCUACCGGGAGCGGGAUGCAGUCUGCGAGCAGACUAGAAUUUGCCGGGUGAGCUGGAGGAUAAUCGUGGAUAGCAUUCCGCCUUUCAUUAUUCCAUCCAGCCUAUGAAUUGCUCUUAGGGAUUAAUUUUGAAACAAGCAAGAUCAAACAAGCUAAACUGUCGUACUACUUUAUUAGCGUUCACUUCGCGGUCUUCUUGGUGCCAUGUUGAUCGGGGCAGCUUUAGAAGAUAGUGAUGAUGAUGAUGACGACGGAGAUAGUAAGGUGAGUUAUACCUAUACCUGCCAUACGAAAUAUUCUGCCGAAGGGGGGAGGGGAGGAGGCUGUGUUGCCACUCCCAGCCUCAUAACUUCAAGGUUAUUAUAGUUCCAGAAUAGUUAAUUUCCAGUCCAUAUAUUAGAUUGGUCAUGAACUUUUCUUACCCCACAGUCUUAUCCUACGCCACCACCACUGGGAACUCGGAUACGUCGAGGACCACAAUGGAAGUGGGGGGAUCAAGAUGGGCGUGGAGUGGGCACCAUCGUGAAACACUCUGAUACAAAAGGCAAGUAAACUACUGAUCUGUAAUGUAAAGUGGAUAGUGCAAGCCAUUAUUCAAUGUUCACCGGUGCAUUAGGUGUGCAAUGAUUGAUUGGGGUAAAUGUAGUAUGGAAAAUGGCUAGUCAUUUCACUGUAUUUUUCAUCAACUUUAUUAAUGUAUGUAGGUUGGGUCGACGUUCGUUGGGAUAAUGGCAGGAAGAAUUCGUAUCGUUUUGGUAAAGAUAAUGCGAUGGACGUUAAGGUAAAUCAAACUUAAACCAUCUCCAUCAUCGGGAGUUUCACACCCUCGAAAAGAAGUCCAAAAGUGGAAUUCCAUCCCCGGUAUAGUUAAAGGUAUCCGAAGAUGGAGGGCCAGAGAGGGGAGUUUUUUGAAAGGGAGGUUCUGAAAGGGAGGUUUUGUAAGGUAAAUUGUUAAUGUUUCUUCAUGAAUGACUCCUUGAAAAUCUCUGUCGUAAUAUAUAGAUUGUGAACGAGCCACGUAAAGUCACUUUUCACGAAGGCGUCCAGGUUGGGGUGCGUGUUGUACGAGGUGAGGGUUAAAAAAUUGAAAAAUAUUAUCGAGCACAAGGCAACGAUUGCUGCAACUUGCAACUCAAUUUCGGACACCGAGACAUGUUAUGCAAAGAAUCGCAUAAAAAUUCCUAAGCAUGGCUCCAAAUUUACUCUGAUAACGUUUUUGUUACUAGAAUAGGGAGUUUAAGCAAGCGACGGUUUUCUCAACACGGACGUCAGAUUGCCAAUGGGGCAGUGGAUUAAAAAUUGUGUUUGUAUCAGUUUGUGGUAAUAUUCAACACAUAUGACAAACAAAAGAUUUUUAAAACUUUUUGCUUCCUUACACAAGCGCUUAAUCUCCCUAGUCAUAUUCUAUGUGAAGAGGCAUGAGAGAAAUGAACGAGAAUAAAGAAUAUUGGCGGAGUGAAACCAUGGCUAGUGCUACAAGCUAAAUAAAGAGAGCAGUGGCAGUUUCAAAACAAUGUAAAGACAAUGGAACAUUCGGGCCAAAAACUGUCAUAUCCAAUUUCGAUAUCCCAGGCAGAGGGAAGCUUGUGCAUAACAAAAUUUGAAAUCCCAGACAAAGAGGAAGCUUUCGUGCAUAACAUAACUUUAAUUUUUCAGGCAAAGAUUGGAAGUGGGGGGAUCAAGAUGGCGGAAGUGGUUCAAAGGGCUACGUCUAUGACGUCAGUGAACUAACUGGAGUUUGCAAGGUAUGAUCAAAAUGAUGGCGUCACAGAAUUUCUCAAGCAUUUCGUCCACAAUGUCUCGAACUUUUUCAUCAGUAAAACACAAGGGAAAUCACUACUGUACAGUUGUCUUGAAACCAUGAUAAUAAUACUGCAUAACUUGACUUUCGCGUUGAAUUUCUCUUUAAACACUUGUUCGUGUGAGGACUUAAUAAUUAGUUUACGAGUGUAUAUAAUUUCUCAAACGAAACUGUGUUUAAUUAAAGAAAAUUUCAACGUGAGAGUUGGCUAAAUAUAUUGAAGUGAAGGAUACGGUGUUCACUGUCUUUGUGUUGUACUCAUGAUUUAUUGACGAGUGUUUAUAAAACUUUAGGUACGUUGGGACGAUGGCAGAACAAACACGUAUCGGAAUGGAGCUGAAGGAGCCUUUGACUUGCGUGUUUUACCAGAGGUAAAUCCUGGGGAAGCAAAAAAGGGGGGGAGGGGCGAAGGGGAGCGGGGAGACAAAGAAGGAGAGAAGAGUCUAGAAGAUAUGUAAGCAAGGGGGAGAAGAUGGGGAAGGUCGAAGGGAAGGAAAAAGACAAGGAAGGAGGAGAGAGUCUGCAAAGAGAUAUGAACAAGGGGGAGAAGGUGGGGAGAGUCGAUAGGGAGGAGAAGAGGAAGACAAGGAAGAGGGAAUCUGUAAAGAGAUAUGAACAAGGGGGAGAAGGUGGGGAGAGUCGACAGGGAGGAGGAGAGGAAGACAAGGAAAAGGGAAUCUGUAAAGAGAUAUGAACAAGGGGGAGAAGGUGGGGAGGGUCGAAGGGUAGGGGGAAACAAAGGAGGAGAAGAAAGUCUAGAAAGAGAUGUAAGUGUUUGAACGUUAGAAAGUAAAAGAAAGGGAGAGGGGCGGAGAGAAGUAAAGUCAAUCCUGUGGAGGAUGGGGGGAUGCCCAUCGUACAUACGUUUUGAACAAGGGGAUAAAUUGAUAAAAAAUAAUUGCGUCUAUUGGCUGGCUCCAUUUCGUCGAUCUUGGAGAAAGGGGUGUGGGAAUAUGCACUCCCCCUCCCCGGCUCUUUAACCGUGUUUCGGUAUGCUUGACCAGUGCAGUGCACUAAGAGAACAGGAACAAUAAGAGAAAGGAAAUGAAAGGAUAGAAAAAGUAGAUUUGGAGAAAGAAAGUAAGAAAGAAAAAGUAACGGAGGUAUACAGUUUGUAAUAAGUCCGUACAAUAUCUCAUGUGUUAUAGGAUGUGAGUGGUCUAGGAACUCCAUCAUCAAGCACCCGUGGUAAAGACCCAGAGGAAUGCUCUGUCAUGUGAAUAUGAUCUUCAUAAAAUGUUUCACUGGCAGGCAAGGUGGCCGCGAGAUUCUGAAAUAAAACUGUUAUCCAGUAUGCACUGAUCUUAAUGUUUAACAAGAAAAUAUAGAAGUCUCCUCUCACGAGACAUGAAGUGUAAAUUAAAACAUAGCUAUUACAUAACUAUGAUAAAAAUAAGUAUUCCGGUAACUUCACGGAUUAAGUUCAAACGAAAUAGAAGUAGGGGCACAUACUCACUUGGCUAAAUAGCUAGAACAAUGAGUUUGGUGAAAAAGGAUUGCAAGUAACAUUUUGUAAAAUAUAGUAACAUACCAGUAAAUGUUUUGUUUUGUUGAUGACUCAAGAGUUUAUAUGUAGCUUAAAAAUCUGCGCGUUUGUGCAU